AGAGUGUGAUUUGUUUCUUCUUCAUCUGUUUUUUAUUUCCUUCAUACGAACACUCCAAAAAACAGAGGAAUAAUAAACUAGACACUGUCGACGAUUAUAGUAUUUCAAGGUUGUCAACUUCUGUAGUUCUAUAUAAUUUUAUUAUCAGUUUUAAACGUCGGUUUUGUUCUUGAUUUAGAGUUCUGAGUUUUGCUCUUGUGAAAAGAUUCCUCUAUUUUGUUUCAUUUCAUUUGUGUUCUUCUUUCCUUUCCCAUAGUAUCUUUGAUCUAAAUUCUCUACUCCAAGAUAAUCACAUCACAUCGACUUCAGAACCAGAGAAGGCUCAAAGCUCGCAUGCCACAAGGAGAAAAUGAACGAGUCAAGUUCGUGGAGCAUCUACAGUACCAAAGAUGGAGAGAGUGACGGGCCAUGGAGAUCGUCCACGUCGAUGAAUGCAAUCUCUUUCGGGUUCGUAGCUACGGCGAUACUUAUCUCCAUGUUCUUGUUAAUGGCCAUCUUUGAACAUCUCUUUAGACCUGAGAAUUCUACAUUUGAGUCACCACAUAGGAUCAGACAACGACAGAACCAGAGCAGAGAUGGGUCCACUCAUUUCCAGAAACUUGCUAAUCAAGCAUCCAUGGUUCCGGUGAAUAUGGUGGUGGAUGUAUCGGUAGUGAUGCCGGGAGAGAAGCUGCCGUCGCACAUAGCUUUGCCGGCUCCUUUACCUUGUGGAAGAGAAGGCAUUCGUUGGCCUCUACACCGCUAGAAUAUUAUUACGAGCAACUCUUGUGUUUCUUUCUAACUCAUCAUGAUCAGUAGAUUAGUGUUGGACUUGUUGGGUUAUAUAUUAUACUAUGCAGUAAAGGCCACCAGUUUAAUUUUC